AAGCGGCCGGAACCCGACGAUCCAAAGCUUACUAGGGGCUCUGGGCACUAGCUUCUUCGCCCGGGACGGCUGGCCGCCUCCUGUGUGCUUCUACCCGGCCCCACCCCGCCCGGCCCUCCGCCCCUUCGCCCCGCAGGUUCCUUUUACAAUUUUGUAGAAACUUCCAGGAGGACUAUGAAAGAUUAUGAUGAACUUCUCAAAUACUAUGAAUUAUAUGAAACUAUUGGGACAGGUGGCUUUGCAAAGGUCAAACUCGCCUGCCAUAUCCUCACUGGAGAAAUGGUAGCUAUAAAAAUCAUGGAUAAAAAUGCACUAGGGAGUGAUUUGCCCCGGGUCAAAACGGAGAUUGAGGCCUUGAAGAACCUAAGACAUCAGCAUAUUUGUCAACUCUACCAUGUGCUGGAGACAGCCAACAAAAUAUUCCUGGUUCUUGAGUAUUGCCCUGGAGGAGAGCUGUUUGACUACAUAAUUUCCCAGGAUCGCCUCUCCGAGGAGGAGACCCGAGUCGUCUUCCGUCAGAUAGUAUCUGCAGUUGCUUAUGUGCAUAGCCAGGGUUAUGCUCACAGGGACCUCAAACCGGAAAAUUUGUUGUUUGAUGAAUAUCAUAAAUUAAAACUGAUUGACUUUGGUCUCUGUGCAAAACCCAAGGGUAACAGGGAUUACCAUCUUCAGACAUGCUGUGGGAGUCUUGCUUAUGCAGCACCUGAAUUAAUACAGGGCAAAUCAUACCUGGGAUCGGAGGCAGAUGUUUGGAGUAUGGGCAUACUCUUAUAUGUACUUAUGUGUGGCUUUCUACCGUUUGAUGAUGAUAAUGUCAUGGCUUUGUACAAGAAGAUUACGCGAGGGAAAUACGAGGUUCCUAAGUGGCUCUCUUCUAGUAGUGUUCUGCUUCUUCAACAGAUGCUACAGGUGGACCCAAAGAAACGGAUUUCUGUGAAAAAUCUCUUGAGCCAUCCCUGGAUCAUGCAUGAUUACAACUGUCCUGUUGAGUGGCAAAGCAAGAAUUCUCUUAUUCACCUUGAUGAAGAUUGUAUAACAGAACUUUCUGUACAUCACAGAAAUAACAGGCAAACAAUGGAGGAUUUAAUAUCAUUGUGGCAGUAUGAUCACCUCACAGCUACCUAUCUUCUGCUGCUAGCCAAGAAGGCUCGGGGAAAACCAGUUCGUUUAAGGCUUCCUUUUUCCUGUGGACAAGCCAGUGUUACCCCAUUCACAAAUGUCAAGCCAAAGAAUCUGAGUCUAGAAGAUAUGACAACAAGUGAUGAAAAUUAUGUGGCUGGAUUGAUAGACUAUGACUGGUGUGAAGACAGUUCAUCAACAGGUGUGGCCACCCCACAAACACCACAGGGGCCACACAGAGUGCACUCCUUUCAACAGCAGCAGCAUGCAGAGUUUGCCAAGCAUUGGACAGAAUCAAAUGGUCUGGAAUCUAAAUCAUUAACUCCAGUAUUAUGCAGAGCAUCUGCCAAUAAAUUAAAGAACAAAGAGAAUGUAUAUACGCCUAAGUCUGCUGUAAAGAAUGAUGAGUGUUUUGUAUUUCCUGAGCCAAAGACUCCAGUUAAUAAGAACCAGCAUAAGAGAGAAAUACUCUCUACACCAAAUCGUUACACUACACCCUCAAAAGCCAGAAACCAGUGCUUGAAAGAAACUCCAAUUAAAAUGCCGAUAAAUGCAGCAGGAACAGAGAAGUUAAUGACAGGUGUCAUUAGCCCUGAGAGGCGAUGUCGCUCAGUGGAACUAGAUCUCAACCAAGCACAUGUAGAGGAUACUCCAAAAAGAAAAGGAACCAAAGUGUUUGGGAGUCUUGAAAGGGGGUUGGAUAAGGUUAUCACUGUGCUUACCAGGAGCAGAAGGAAGGGCUCUGCCAGAGAUGGGCCAAGAAGACUAAAGCUCCACUAUAAUGUGACUACAACCAAAUUAGUGAAUCCAGAUCAACUCUUGAAUGAAAUAAUGUCUGUUCUUCCAAAGAAGCACGUUGACUUUGUACAAAAGGGCUAUACACUGAAGUGUCAGACACAGUCAGAUUUUGGUAAAGUGACAAUGCAGUUUGAACUAGAAGUGUGCCAGCUUCAGAAACCCGACGUGGUGGGUAUCAAGAGGCAGCGGCUUAAGGGUGAUGCCUGGGUUUACAAGAGAUUAGUGGAAGACAUCCUGUCUAGCUGCAAGGUAUAAUUGUUGGAUGGUUCACCCCUGCUGGAUGAAUAUGGGUGUGUUACAGCCUAUGUGGAGAAUGGUAUCAUUGGUUUGAUUUUUAAAGUCCAUUGGAACUCUAGACUUGUUUCUAAAGAGCUGUCUUAAAGACAAACACCUUUUUGUUUUUAAACAAAAGAUAUUUUGCAGAUGACUGUAAGGCAAGCCCAUCUGUCAUUAUCUAUUACUGUCUUUUUUAAUCAUAUGGUUUUGUAUAUUAAUAACUGUUGACUUUCCUAGUUCACUUCCAUAUGUGAAAGUAAGCUCUCAACUAUGUCCCCUUUUAAUGUGUAAUUUCUUUCUGAAUAAAAUCAUUUGUGAAUAUA